AUGACCAAAGCCAUCAUUCAUCGAUGCGUUCCGUGCGCUCGCGAAAAGGCAGCUGUUCCGUCACAGUUAAUGGGAAAUCUUCCCGCGAUCCGAGUCACAAAACCAGAGCGCAGCUUCCUGCAUUGUGGCGUUGAUUAUGCCGGUCCGAUCCAAAUUCGCACAAGUAGCGGUCGCGGAAUCAAGACUCAAAAGGCAUAUAUCGCCUUAUUCAUUUGCCUUAAUUCACGAGCGAUUCAUCUUGAGCUCGUUAGUAAUUACUCGACCGACGCAUUUCUCGAUGCGUAUUUACGAUUCUGCUCUCGGAGAGGAUUACCGGAGUCAAUGUAUUCCGAUAACGGAACUACAUUCUUAGGCGCUGACAGAGAGCUCGCGUCCGCAUAUCGGGCCGCUCUCACCGAGAGCAAUUUUCAAAAUAAAAUCGCGACUGACAGUGUAAGCUGGAAUUUUAUUCCCCCAUCUGCGCCGCAUUUCGGCGGACUGUGGGAGGCUGGUGUAAAAAGUGUGAAACAUCAUCUCCGCCGCCUAGUCAAAAACGAGACGCUCACAUUCGAGGAAUUCACGACGCUUCUUUGUCGAAUAGAGGCGUGCUUGAAUUCGCGACCUAUUGCGCCGCUAAGCGACCAUCUCGACGAUUACGAACCCUUGACUCCGGGCCAUUUCCUAAUCGGUUCUGCUAUCACAACGACUCCUGAACCAUCGUUGCUCAAUCUGAAGGAAAGUCGGUUGUCACGAUGGCAACGCGUGCGAUUAAUGACCGAAAAAUUCUGGAAACUCUGGCAAAACGAAUAUGUCAACACACUCCAGCAACGAGUCAAAUGGAAGCGCAAACAAGAAAUAAUAAAGGUCGGUCAGAUGGUUCUCUUGCGCAAGCCAGAUUUGCCUCCCUGCAAAUGGGAGCUCGGGCGCAUUACGCAAUUACACUCUGGUUCAGAUGCAUUACCUCGCGUCGUGUCAAUAAAAACAGCGUCGUCCGAAUUCAAGCGCCCAAUCACAAAAUUAUGUUUAUUACCUCUCGAUAGCGAGCCAACGAACACUCCAUCGGUGUAA